AAAAAUGUCUACAUAUAAAACUAUAUCUGCAGCGGCAGCAGUUACUCGGACAACAUGGAGGAGCAAUCUGCCACCAGCCUGGUGUCCGCAGCCAGCCAGCGAGCCACGCAAGGACAGCCAUUGGCGGCGUCAGAAGCUAACCUGGGCACGGAGAGCGUCACCAGCGCGACUUCGACAAGUUCCUCGCGGAGCGCGCCGCCGCCGCCGACACGCUGCCCAACGCCAACACCAACACCAACACCAACGCCAACACCAACGCCAACACCAACCUGCUACACCCAGGCACCGCCAGAUCAACAAGGACGAACAGGACUCCAUGUUCGCACUUAA